GAGUGUCGUCCCACGUCCCAGAGAUCAUGGCGGCCGGUACCCACUCCCCUGGAGGGCCCAAUGGAAUAAUCCGGAGUCAGUCCUUCGCCGGGUUUAGCACGCUACAGGAACGACGUUCUCGGUGUAACUCUUUCAUGGGGAACUCGGCAGUGCAGAAGAAGCCUCAGUCGAAGCCAAAGAAGCCCCACCCGUCGGGACACAAGGGAGGCAGCAGCUCCAGGGAGCCGCAGCCCAAAAGAGUGGAGGAAGUUUACAACGCACUCAAACAAGGCCUGGAUGAGUAUCUUGAAGUUCAUCAAACGGAGCUGGACAAACUCAUGUGUCUGAUGAAAGACAUGAAGAGAAACUCUCGCCUGGGAGUGCUCUACGAUCUUGACAAGCAAAUCAAAACCAUCGAAAGGUACAUGAGACGCCUGGAGUUUCACAUGAGCAAGGUGGACGAGCUGUAUGAGGCCUUCUGCAUUCAGAUCCGUCUGAGGGACGGUGCCAGCCGGAUGAAGCAGGCCUUCUCCUCCUCGCCCUCCACUAAAGGCACCAAGGAGAGCAUCGCGGAGGUCAACCGUCGCUAUAAGGAGUACACUGAGAACAUGAGCACAUUCGAGAGCGAACUGGAGAACCUGCUCGGGGAGUUUCAUAUCAAAAUGAAAGGUUUGGCGGGCUUUGCGAGGCUCUGUCCUGGAGACCAGUAUGAGAUCUUCAUGCGGUACGGUCGCCAGCGCUGGAAGUUGAAGGGAAGAAUUGAAGUGAACUCCAGACAGAGUUGGGAUGGAGACGAGAUGGUCUUCAUGCCUCUCGUCACUGACCUCAUCAACAUCAAGGUGACGGAGCUGAAGGGACUGGCCUCUCACAUGCUGGUGGGCAGCGUGAUCUGUGAGACCAAGGAGCUCUUCACUGCCAUGCCUCAGGUGGUGGCUGUGGACGUCAACGACCUGGGGACCAUCAAACUCAACCUGGAGGUCACGUGGUACCCCUUCGAUGUCGAGGACCUGUCUUUGUCGUCUGGUAACGUGAGCAAAGCCACAGCACUCCAGAGACGAGUGUCAGUCUACAGCCAGGGCACGCCGGACACCCCCACUUUCCAGGACGCCUCCUUCUUUAAGUGGCGGCCAUAUCCUGUGGAGCGCCAGCGCCUCUCCUUCCUGCACAUGCUCCGAGACACCCUGCUAGAGAAGUUAAGGCUCAGUCGCUCGUUUGGUGACCUGGCCUCACUCCGGCCAAGGCCCAAAUCCAGUCUGGAGGUCUAUUCCACUUUACCAGAUGAUGUCUUUGAGAACGGGGGCUGCGGAGUGGCCGAGUGUAAGCGACUCUCCUUCACCUUUUCGGACACCUCUGGCUCCACGCCGAGCCCCGCCCCGAGCACCCACUCCCAAGGCCAGUCCAACCCUGAGAUCACAGUCACCCCUCCAGAAUUGGACCUGUCACCUACACAAAUCCUCCCAACAAGGGAGGACUCCAUCGUUGAGGAGAAUUUAGUGGAGGAAGAGGAGGAGGAUGAGGAGGAGUACGAAGAAGACGAGGAGACGGGGAGUCGAGGAAGUCGGGGCACCAGUGCCAGCCUCGCCAGUGAUGAAGCCGAGGUGGCAGAGGACUCUGAGUGGGAGCGCACAGAGUCCCAGAGAAAUUCUAGCUCCAACUUUGGUUCCGCCGUCCGGUCCCUCUGCUCUGACGGCCACCUGUCUACGGUGGCCCCAGAGGAUGUUUUCUUGGACCACGCUGACGAACUGAAACCUCUGGAGCUGGACACGGAGGAAGGGGGCAGCCUGACCAGGCAGCUUGUGAAGAGGCUCACUUCUUCGGACGUUGCGCCGUCAAGUGGGAGCUCCUCGGAGGGAGGAGGAAAUCUGAGCUGGGCGGGAGAGGGGAGCAGGGCUUUCCUGGAGAGCAGCCUGGAGGAGGCCAUCCACAGCCUGCUGAUGAGGCUGGAGUCUCUGAAUCACCGCUGCCGAGAGCUGCAGGACCUGGAGCAGGAAGUGAUGCGUCUGGAGGACCUGCUCAAGUGCCGUCUGCCGGGUCACAGAAGCCGGUCUUCGAGCCUCAGUCUGACAGUAGAGAGCGCCCUGGAGAGCUUUGACUUCCUCAACACCUCUGACUUCGAUGACGAGGAUACUGGAGACGAUAACAUGGUUCUCAGUACCCCCCCACAGAGGUCUCCGCUUUUUGAUACGGACGCAGAGAGGAUUGGUGGCCAACACCCAGAAGCCAGAGGACACCUGAGCGAAGCCCUGACGGAGGACACCGGGGUGGGCAACAGCGUGGCAGGAAGCCCCCUGCCGCUCACCACCGGAAACGAGAACCUGGACGUUGCCAUCGUCAUCCACCUGCAGUACUGUGAUCACCUCAUACAGCUGUUGACCAGCGGGUUAGGGGUGUGGCAGCGCCGCAGUCUGCUCCUCAAACUGUCUGGACAGAUUCAGCUGUUGGAAGAGCUCGCGGAGCUCAGUGUGGACAAACUGGGAGCCAUUACGUCCUCUGCAGAUGUUCUCCCGGGCCUCGCAGAGCGCCCACAGCUGAUGACUCUGUGGUCGGAGUGCAGCGGCUCGGCAGGACUUUUCCACACCACGCUGGACAGAGUGUUCAAACACAUGAGCCAGAGCUACACGGCAGUGCUGCAGGAGAGACACCCACACAGCGCUGACAAAGUGAUCGGUGUCGUGGUGAGCGAGAUGGUGGACCGGAGCGAUCUGGUGGAGUCGCACAGUCCUACAGCCGCUGAGCUCGCCCAGGACGUCCUCACAGUGUUUCAGUUCCACAGCUACAUCUUGCAACAUGAAGUGCUGGACAUGGAGACACACCUCCUGCAUCUGGCCAGAGAAGAGAUGUUUGCUGAGGCUCUGUGCAGUCAGGAUUAUUCUCGGUGUCUAGCGGAGCUGGAGGACGUGCCUGUGUCAUCCUUGUGGCCUAGAAACGGCACCCUGAGGGCCCUGGCCUCCCUGCUCACUGCAGACGACCCUCAGGUCAACAAGGCAGCAGCCAACUACCUCUCGUCUGCAUCGCACGGCCACUUCAGGAUCAGAGCAGUGGAGUGCUACACCCACGCACUGUCGGAGGCUGGAGUUCAGAGCCAGAGGGCGGCCUGUUCGGCUCUCAGCUGUCUGCAGGCAGCGGAGAGCAUCAAGGCGGUGGUAGCGCUGUGUGACUCAGCUGAUGAAGAGCUUCGCCAUGUUGCCAUAGAAACCCUGCUCACAUUUGGUGAGGAGGGGCGACUGGCGUACGAGCAGCUGGACACGGUGCCCGGGGAGAUCCUCCGCCUGGGCACCCGGCGGGGGAACGCCGUCACCACGGCCUUCUGAGCCAUCGGCAGCGAAAAACAACACAAGCGACAUCUGGAUCUCUACGCCGCCACAUUAGAUCACUGUUCUUACGGACACUGCCUUCUCAUAGGAGCUCAGACACACAACCUAUAUAUAUCCUGUACACACACACAUUGACACUCCUAUUUUCUCCAUCACCCCCCCCCCCUUCCAGGCACCGCUACAAGUCACCCCUUCCUGCCCCUGCUUUCUGAAUCAGGCAGACACAUUGAGUUUAACUGGAGCACAAAUUUGACGGGCCGCUGGAAGCCGCUUCAAAAACUGUGGAACCCAGAAUUUGAGCAUCUUCACCUCAUUCAACACCUAUUUAAUUUACUUUAAUAAAUCAUCAUCUUGAUUGUUAGUCAGUUGUGUCACGCAAUUUGCUAACUUUGAUCUUUGUAUAAUCACCGUCUAUCGUUCGAAAUGUUUUCGGGUGCUUUUGAAAGAUUUGUUGUAAGGCAUGGACAUGUGUCAUAAUGUACACAGCCGGUGUAACAUAUAUGUGCUUGUAUUCAAAACACAUUUUUAGGUUAUUUUCUAGUACGUUCCAUUUUGAGUUUCAGGGAUUCUUGUACAAUUGAAAUUGUGCAUUGCGUGGCAGGGAGGACCAAUAAUAAGUUGAGUGUCUUUCUCAGAGGACGCGAUGUUGUGGUUUAAAAGCCAAACUCUAACGGCAGUUUUACAGUCUUGAGCAGAUUUUGACCUCCGUUAUCUUUCAUUUAGAGGAAAAGCAGAAGCUGAAGGGUAGAUCUGAAACGGGUCAGCACAGAGCCCACCUUUCACUCUCUCAGCAAACUCAUCAGUUUUCUCAAACUUGCAGUUGAACAAGUGCGAUUUUCUGUACAUACGUGACCCUUUUGCACCGAGAUGACAUUGAAAGACAGAAAGUCAGCUUUGGUCAUUUGAGCCUUGAGAUGGUCAUGGAGGAAAGUUUCCACAAAUGCACUCUUGUUGACAUAUUUUUUCUAACCGUUGUAGAGCAAGUCCAGGGCAAUAGAUUUGGUUUGGUAUCCAAUGCCUUUGUUAGAGCGGAGAAUACUUUAGGCUAAUUUUGGCUAACCGCACAUUAACAAAGCAUGCGAGUUAAUGGCAAGAUUAAAAAUAUUGCAUUUCUUAUAAGAAGCUGCAGAAUGAGGUUUUUCUGUUUUGGGUCUGUUUUAUUUCCCUCCAUCCUCACUGUAAUGUGGGAAAACUGACUCGACAUAAGCGGCUAUUCCAACUUUUCUUAUUGUAACUACUACUGAGUCUUGUGCCGGUGCACAAUGACAAAACUCACAUUUGUUCAGACAUCUUAUUUAUUAUUCUCUUGUAAUUCUAAUAUUAUUUGGAGUUAUGCUGUAAUAGUGCAGAUGAUCAUGAUGUAUAUUUAUGUUCUAUUUUGGAUCGGGUCUAUUUGAAAUAGUUUGUUUAAAAAGACAUCCAUGAUAUUAUAAUGCAAAUGUUCUAAUGCCUAAUUUGAAUUGGAGUUUAUUUUGAAGGAAUAGCAGAUGAAUUAUUAUUUUGGGGAAGAUUACAAUAUAAUUAGACUAUUCAAAAUCUUAGAUUACUAUUUUCUAAAAGGUAUUGAACAUAAUGGGACAUUAUACAUUAGGCAUUUUACGUUAUUACUUAGAAUAUUUACUGUAACCAAAGGCCGAAUUAUUUUUUACAUUUUACUAAGCGCUGAUGAUUGCUAAUGGAGAAUGUAUUUUCAGAACGGUUGCAGUUUGGCCAGAAUAAUAAGGCUUAUAUUUCAAAGCACACAAUAGGACAAACCCAUAAUAUAUUAAUAUUGUUAUUUGGUUCUAACUGCACAGUCCAAAAGCCAUAUUGAUAGAAAACAAGUCGUAAUAUUUUUAUGAAAUUCAUAUUUUCUUUUGUAAUAUCUGUAAAUGUGUGAAGUUCUUACGAAAAGCUGAAAGUUCAGGGGUUUUUUCUUCUAAACAACCUUUUGCAAAACAUGGUCUGUAUUUUAAGUAACAGUUACUUGUAUUUCUUCCAUGAUGUGAAUAGCAUUACAGUAUUUUAGACAAGUAUCUAAUUCAUCCACUCAUUUAGCGUUUGUUGAAUUUCUUUUUUUUUUGAGUGAACUUCUUUUGUAUUACAAACUUGCAGUUGACCAGUGUUAAGUCAAGUUGAUUCCUUGGCUGUUCAAGUCCUAAUCCCCACAAAGUACAGGUUGUCAAUGUGCACAUCUUAUUCAGAGAGCAGUUUUAAGAAUAACUUGGUACACUUAGUUGAAAUUGAUCUCUAUCCAUCUUUGUGGUCAAUCGCUUCUGUACUGAUCCAUUUAGUUGCAUUUUACACUUCUAAGUGUUUGGCAGCAUUUCCUCUGCUCAUCAAAAGAUGCAAUAAAGUUUAUUUUUGCAUAAUUAAAACUCAA